AUGACUCAUAAACUCAAUUUUUUCUGUAAGAUUUCUGGAGCUAAGUUAUCCCAGUCCAAGUCUAUUUGUCUUGGAUGGAAUAACCAUCCUCCUGAUUGGUUCAGUAAGUUUGAAUUUCAGUGGGGUGGUCCCUCAAAUAUUGUUAGAUACUUGGGUAUUCCCUUUUCUGUUGAUCCUUCUUUGAAAGAUAUGUGGAGUUGGGUUAAAGAUAAGAUUCAUAAUAAGUUGAAUAAGUGGCAUAACAGGUCUCUGUCUUUUGCGGGUAGAGUGCAAGUUUGUCAAAAGAUUCUCUCUUCUUACAAUAUUUAUUAUGCUUCGGCUUGGAUGUUUAAUGAUUACCAAGUUAUGGAAAUUCAAAAGGCUAUCAGGAAGUAUCUUUGGUUGGAUGGGAAAGGAAAUAACAAGGCUCACUCUGUUAAAUGGAGUUGGUGUCAUGUGGAUAAACUCUUUGGGGGCUUAGGGCUUAAAGACCUAAGACUGAGUGGUCUUGCUUUGGCCUCCAAAUGGAUCUUUCAUGUCUUGGAGGGGGAUGACCGUUGGAGAGUUCUUAUUCGUAACAAUAUUGAAAGGGGUUAUCCUAAGAACGCUAAAUUUUGGAAAAAUCUCCCUCUUAUUGAUCUUAUUUGUAGUGAAUUCCCUAUCAUUGUUCAAGGCUCGGCUGUGUUCAAGUCUAUCGGGAAAGCCUGGAACCAUGUUAGGCAAUUCAUUAAGAAUAAGGAUUUUUUUGAUGAUAAGACCCUCCAUGGUGAGAGGUCCACUUGGUGGAACCUUAAGCUUGGAAAUAAGCCCCUUGCCCUUACCCAAGGCUGUUCUGCCAAAUGUUGGGCUAACCUUGGGAUCAAGUAG